AUGUCAAUCAAACAUGCUACAAAUAGGAACUUUAUCGUUGAUGACAAAUUAAGGACAUUGGCAAGGGAGUGCGUUUCGAAGGGAGACAUAGUUUUUCUACUGGAUGAGUCUGGCAGUAUCGGAUCGCUAAACUUUGAACGAAUCAAGACAUUCGUCAGCUCCGUUGUAGGUCACUUCAAAGUAGGAAACGAUUCAAAUCAAUUCAGUGUAGUCAACUUUGCGUCCUCUUCUAGAGAAAUAUUUCCACUCAACAGAUAUCACACAGUAUCUGGCCUUCAAUCUGCUAUAACUUCCAUUUCAUUCAACAGCGGGGGAACAAGCAUAGGAAGUGCCCUUGAUUAUGCCCGAAUGUAUUCCUUUAGUUCUUCCCGCGGAGCAAGAAAUGAUUCGGCAAAAAUUGUAGUUCUGAUCACCGAUGGACAGAGUUCACUUUCCAACCAGCCUGACGAACUAAAAGCAAUCGGGGUCACGAUAUUCUGUGUCGGGGUAGGAACUGGAAUAAAUUCAGCUGUUCUAAGAUCAGUAGCCACGCACAACGACUACACGUACCUGACCACGUUUGAUCUACUACCAUUGUUAACGAACGAAUUGUCAAACGAGACCUGCGCCGAUGACAUUAACGAUUGCUUAAGUGAGCCUUGUCUUAAUGGAGGGACAUGUGAAGAUCAAUUCGGAAAAUAUGUGUGUCACUGCCUGGCCGGAAAUACAGACCCUACCUGCUAUGUCCCGGGCCUACCAAAUGUAACGUUAGGAUCCAGUCUUACAGUAUAUGUUGGAUCGUCCGCCGUACUCAAUUGUUACGUGUCAAGCACGACAACUGUGUCUUCUGUUACAUGGCACUACCAGAAAAACGGCGUCACAACCACCAUAAAUACUGGUAAUACAACUAAAUAUAGCGGCGGCACUGUAGGGACACCCUCUCUUACCGUAAAAAACGUGAAGGUUGAAGAUAUAGGAAACUAUAGAUGUUUGGCCCAAAACUCAGCAGGAACAGGUCAAAGUACAUCAAUGAUAUUUCUAGAUUUGCAACGUGGUUCUCCUCUUUUAUCUACUAUAAGUACAAAUUACGCUGUGAACGCUAGUGAUAGCGUGUCCCUGUCUUGCAAGUUUUCCUCCAGUUACCCUCCUGUUGUUGAAAUAAGUUGGUAUAAAGAUGAUGUAGCAAUAAAUCCAGUGCCUAAUGGUAAAUACUCUGGCGGAACAAUUUAUUCUCCAAACCUCAACAUAACGAAUUUCCAGCGAGAAGACCAAGGAUUCUAUCACUGUUCUGUGUAUAACCACUAUGGAUCAAGUAAUAGCUCGGACAUGGCAGUUUAUUUAUUUGGAGAUGUACCUGCAGUACUAGUGAAAACAAACAUCACUGGUGGAUUUAGCCACACGGUCACUAUUCCUUGUCAAGUGUUUGGUUUUGGUGUCACUAGAGUUUUCUGGGGAGCACAACUCCAGGGUCAGGAAAACGAAACGGAAAUAGACAUGUCCUCAUCAAAAUAUUCCGGUUCUACUACAUAUUACCCAUCCUUAACAAUUUACAGUUUUAGCUCAUCAGACAAUGGUUACUACAGAUGUUACGUGAACAGCUCUAACGGUAUUGGUUACAGCACACCAGUCAAUGUAAACAUAGUUGGGCGUUACAUUGUACUGAACUCAACCAGCUACACUGUCAAUAAGAGUGAUGAUGUCAUACUCUCCGUAUUUGUUUAUGCCAACCCCGAUCUUUUAAGUUUAUCUUGGCAGAGGAGUUAUUUGUCUUACUACAACUAUAUUAACUUGAAUACGACAUCAAAGGACAAAUACGAGGGUGGUGCACUUGAUUCUCUGUCCCUCAUCAUUCGUAACGUUAGCACAGAGGAUUAUGGGUAUUAUCGUCUAAAUGUAUCUAACGCUGACGGCACAACUUUAAGUUCGAGCAUUUACCUAAAUGUUAUUGUUCGCUUACCAAUUAUAACUACGAAGCAGACAUCCUUUUUCUACAUAUAUUCGGAAACUAAUCUCACUUUUGAGGUUAAUAUCACAUCCGAGUUACCAUUGGUGUCGGUCAGUUGGGAGAAACGCAGCAACUACCCAUACACAUAUACCUUAAUUGAUACAACAGAUAGCAGAUUCUCUGGUGGAUUGAUCAACGACCCCUCACUGACUUUUAACAGUGUCCGUGGGGUAGAUGCUGGAUAUUUUAGGUUCAACGCAACAAAUAUAGAUGGCACAAGGAGCAUAAUGUUUUACUUAAGUUUAAACCUCCAUCGACCAACAAUAUCAGUGUACUGGAGCUAUUCUGUCUACACAGGUGAAAAUGUCACACUGCAGACAAGUAUCACAUCCUCAUUGAUAAUUACAAAUGUCACCUGGGAGAGAAGAAACAUCAGCACACUUUUGUACGAAAUUAUUGAUUUCUCUUCCGAUAAUCGAUAUACCGGUGGCGAUAUUAUUUCGCCAUCGCUGACAAUAACAGAUAUCACUGUAAAUGAUGAGACUUAUUACCGUGUUAGCGCCACAAACGACUAUGGUACUUCAACAAGCUCCGUCUUCAUUGAUGUCGUGUUACGUCCUCCAUCCAUUUCAUUAGAAUCUAACUAUAGUAUUUAUUCCGGUGAAAACCUAACUCUUGAAACAAUCAUCACAUCCUUCCUGCCAAUCACUAAGGUGACAUGGGAAAGAAAAAACACCAGCACAUACGUCUACGAACAUAUCAAUAUACUGUCAGAUAAUCGUUAUAUUGGUGGAGAAAUUCUAUCACCAUCACUGACGAUUAUACGUGUGGAUCUGACGGAUGAAAUGUAUUACCGGGUUGCAGCUGUAAACAAUGAUGGGGUAACAACGAGAACAGUUUACGUUGAUGUCAUCCCACGUCUUCCUGUGAUAUCAGUUGGCGAAACGUCAAUUACAGCCAAAACAAGAUCUAGCAUCACCCUUCACAUCAAUUAUACUUCGGGACCGGAAAUGAGGUCAGUCACCUGGGAAAAACGAAGUACUACCUAUCCAUAUGCAUUUCAUACAGUAAAUAUUACUAUCAAUGAUCGGUACAACGGCGGCACAAUCGAUAGACCAAAUCUUGAGAUCGCCCAUGCAGUAUUUGAAGACAGUGGUUAUUAUCGAUGUAAAAUUGUCAACGACGAUGGAAUGUCAACAACUCCUUUGUUUGACGUCAAACUUCAAAAACAACUUGCAACUAUAAAUGUAUCCGUCACAUCAUACACAGCAAAUCAAGGUGACAAUCUUACCUUGUCUGUAAUCCUGUCUGGCACUGAGAUCAACUCGACGAUAGUAUGGGAGAAAAAAGGCAUCCAAGAUUCGUCGUUUACAGUAAUCGACAUAUCGUCAAAUGAGAGAUACGAAGGGGGAUCUUUGGCAUUUCCCUCAUUAUCUUUAUGGAACAUCACCGACGAUGAUUUUGGAUAUUAUCGAUGUAAGGUCACUAACGUUGAUGGAAUGACGACAAGUACAUCGAUACAGGUCAUCUUAGAAGAUUCUAGUUUUGAGAAACUGAGUUGCGGGGUGGGGGGUAUUAGAAAAUCUGGAAAUCUAAAUUUCGUUUAUUGCGCUAAGCGAAAAUGUGUAAUGUAA